UUCGCCAAGCCUGCCCCCAGAUCUAGAGUUGUGCGUGAGUCGAUCGAUGAGCGUAUGAAUCAGAUUCACGAGUUGCAUACAUUUACUCACACGGACAUGGAAGUCUGUUCCACCAUUUUCAAUGGAUGCCAGGAGAUGUCUGUUCAGCGCUAGGAUUAUGGCCAGUGAGGAAAUUCAUGGGAUUUCAGUCACUGAUGUUUACGAUCAGGCGGCUGGAAUUGCCCAUGAAUUCGACAAACUUAUAAACGCUUACGGUAAUGAUGCCGUGACAGAACUAAUGCCAAAAGUGAUCAAAUCACUCGAACAACUGGAGACAUUGGCAUGCAGAUAUGAGAAAGACGUUGAGGAAAUAAACCAGCUGAGGUACAAGGUAGAGAAACUCGAAUCGGAAAAAACCGAGAAAGCCCAAGAGCGGGCAAAGUUCGAUCAGGAGCUAGAAUCUAUUGAGGAAAACUGGCAGUCAGAGGUGAAGAAUUUGUUGACGGUUGUAAGCAAAUUGCAAGAAGAAAACAAGCGCAUGAGAGAAAAUGCUCGCUCGGAAAAACAUGCUGCUGUUGCUGAAAUUACAGCAAAACGACAUGAAACGGAAGAGCAAGAGAUCAAAGUCUUGACCAAACUGAAGGAGACAGUCGACAAACAGAGGGAGGAGUUACGACAGAUGAAGCGAGAUCUCGGACAAAAAGCUGUGGACUGUGAUGCUCUUCAAGCACAGCUGGAGCGCAUCGCCAAAGUCAACGCAGACUUGCGGCGGAAAAACACGACACACAAGAAGCAGGCGCGUACGCUGCUGGAGGAGAAGUCUGACCUGGAGACGCAGCUGCACGAGAAGGACCUGGAGGUGGACCACAUCAAGAAGUUGAUGAACGAGCAGGAGAAGUACGACGAGCAGAGGGCCGCCGUCAAGGCUGUCAUCGAUUCGGCCAACAGUGUAGAGGGCGAGGAUGACACACAGGUGCCUGCAGAGGCUGAUGGAGAGCCCAUGAAGCAGCAGCUGGCCAAAGCGUCGGCGGUCAGCACAGGGACGGAGACGGAGCCCAGUGCGGACGAGUUGCCCCUCAGUCCGGGCAGUCCCAGCUCAGGCUUCGACUUGGAGGGCAAGGUGGUCAUUGAUCUCAAAGAUCCAAACCGGCCGCGCUUUACACUGCAAGAACUGCGGCAGGUGCUAAUGGAGAGGAAUGAGUUGAAGACAAAGCUCAUUGAGGUGGAAGACGAGCUGGCACACUAUCGUCCCAGAGAAGAGGGCUCCGCUGAAGCUAAAGAUGGCGAUGCUGAAAAAUCGUCUUACACGGGUGAGGAAGUCUUGGUAUAUGGACCAAUCAACAAGGAGCCGGAGGAGAAACUCACUGGCAAGAAGGAAUCAGGGAUCAGAAAAUUUUUUGGUUUUUUGUUUUCGGAUGGCUCGCCUGGGGCGAGGAGUGGGCCGAGGAGGAGGAACACAUUGAGGGACUAGCGGCGCGCUCUAGCACCGAUCCACUUGCACAUUCCCCAACAUCUGACCAUCAGUUCUAUAGUUCUGCUACGGGUUUUCCAGUCAAAGACAAUGAGGAAAGAAGUGCUGUCGUACACGCGGCGGAGAGUGGCGAGGAAACGGAGAGUGCCGAUGAAAACUGUCGUUUGAUGGACGAUGCCGACGAGGGCUUUACAGACGUCGAAAGAGACGACGAUGACGACGACGAUAAAGAUAGUGAACAUCUUUCCCUGGCAUAUCGGUUUGAUUCCGUGUACCCGGUGGCGUUGUGGGAGUCCGGGUUUUCAUAGCACUAGCUUGAGAUAUCGUCAGGUGCAUGCAAUAAAUACUAGUACAUAAAGCAAUCUUUAAAAUGCUCAUAGUUAGAUUUAUUUAUUACUAAAUUUCUUUUUUUGUUCUUGUCUUUCCCAGGACAAAAAAAAUGGACAGAUUGUUAUAGAAGUUGACUCUGCCCUAACAUUCAGAAACAUUGUGUACGCUGAGAUUUUUAAAUGUCCAGUUUAUUCAAAAAAUUAAUGAAAAUGAGUACAUUUAUUGUAUGCAUGUGACGAUAUCCGAGUUACUUCAGAAAGGUGUGCAGAAUGCGAGCUGAGGAGUCUACAACUACUUUCUUGUUUGAUAAAGAAAAAUUUGGAUUGUCUUUCAUUUGCUUAGAUAACAAACUAUAGCAUGUGUAUAUAUGUAUAUUCAUAUAUCGGCUGCUUCCUGUAAGUCUCCACCAUACUUCAUCUUGAAAAGUGACGUAUGGCGGAGUCGUAUACGUAACGGUCAAUAUAUAUAUGCCAGUACAUACACAAAAACUCAGUCUACUUUUAUACUCUUCCACCCUCUCCCCCUCACCCACUCCCCGCCACUCCGAAAUUCCGUUCCUGUUUUCCAUAUUAUUCACCUGUGUUCAUCUAAUAUGUCUUUUGGUAGGGUGCCUCUAGUAGGUUCUACUCUUCUUCUUUCACUUUAUUGCUUCUGUCUGUCUUUCUCUCUUUUUUUACUGACACGAAGUGGAAGUGGCCGACAUGGAUUCCUUUUAAAGAAUGUUUUAGUAUUGUAGUGACUAAUGUCUGUUAUGACAUUUCUGCGCAAUUUUCUAACAAGGCUAUCUUAGUGUGCUUUGUUUCCAUGCGUUUUUGGGGGAAACAUUUUGCCUUUUUAAAAGAAACUCCUUGAAGACACACUCACUUUCUCUUUUUCGAUACCCUGUAACGCAUUUUCUUUGCCGUUUUUUACCAGGUCACCAUUUUUUUCCUAUUAAUAGUACAAAGAUCACACUUACAACACUCAAAAGUACAAUUUCUCUAUUUUUCUCUAAUACCAAUCAUUCAUAUAUUCACAAUACCAGUCUUACUUUGAUCAAGGCUGCAAGAUCACUAUAGUUGCCCUCAAAAGAAAAACUUUUUUGACAAGAUGAGACUUUGGGGGGUUAGGUAGAUCUACCAACCAAUGGAACAGAUUCAUCAUCAUUAUCAUCUGAACUUUCUUCUUCUAACUUUAAAUCUAACUCCUCAUCACUGUCAUCAUCCAUAAACAACUCCAAAGCUUCUUCAGUCUGCAUCAAACUACGUCGCCUGGAGCUCACCAUUUUGGAUAGAAACUGACAUUUUGUGUGAAACUAUGGGCCGAAAACAAACACCAUGCUAAUUCGAAAGCAAAUAAAAGGAAUCUACCAAAUUAUAAGGAUUUGGACGAGCUUUCCAAUAAUAUAGGCGUUGUCCAUCUUAGACCACUACUUUACCGAAUAUACAUGUUUAAAGUCGACACGGCAACAGCGGUAGAUUUUUUUCCACCGACGCGUCUUCAAAGAGUUGAAACUAUAGGUGUCAAUGUGUACGCUACUCAUUUAAUGAGUUUUUAUUUUUAUCUGAGGUUUCCCUGUUUUUGAAGGGUGGGACUGGGUGUGACUUUGGUAGCCAAUGGUUUCCUCUUAACAAAAGGGUGUUCUGUUUUAUUAUAUAAAUCUUUUUAAAUUGCUGUUGGCUGAGCUAAUAAUAACCUCAGAACAGUUUGGCCGCAACCUUUUCUGGGAAAUUUCCAGUACUGCACUUGAAAGUAUAUUUUCCAAAACUGUUAAGAAAUUUUUUAAUGAAUUUUGAGUGGCGUCAUGGCUUGAAUUUUGCUUUCAACCUAAGCAAUGGCAAUCGCAUAUUUCACUGUUGGGAAAAUAUAUUUACUGGAGGAAAACGCUGCUCUUUCUGCUUCAAUGACGAAAGUGAUCUCAUGUAUUUAAAAACAUUACUCCAAGGACGUAUUGCAUCAUUUUUGUCGAGAGAAAAAUGUAUUAUUUUGUCUGAGUUUAUUUGACAAUGUCAUAUUUCACUCAACGCUUAAAGUUUUGGAAAACGAUUAAUUCUUUGAGAGGGGGACUUCAAAAAUGCUGGAAGAAUAUGUUCUGACCACGCAUAAUGCACUGUUUGGAGGAGGGGGAGGGGGGGGAUGUUAAGGUGAGAGUCAUCAAAGGUUCAUCAAAAUGCUGUGUCUACAUCAAAAGUUUUUUUUUUUCUUCUCUUACUUUGUUGUUUAUUCUUUUGUUCGCUGUUGAUUUCUGAGGUGUGCGUUGAAAUGUGAAAUCUUUUCACCACUAGGAAGCAUGGUAAAAAUGAAUGAGCCGCUCAAAAGCCCAGUCUAGAAUUUUGUUCUCCAAUGAUAUAUCAUAUGGUUGAUAAAAAGUUUUGACUCCAGUCCAAAGUGUUUGAGCAAUGUUUUACUCAGCGUUCUGGCAGUGAAAUCUUGGGACAAGGUGGUUCUCGUUUUUCCAUCUUUCUGGUGGGGAAAAAUGCACUUUAGGAAAGCUUUCUUUCUUAGAAAUUGCUUGAAUGUGUUGGAAAGGGGGUUUUUUCUUCAAGGGAACUAAACUAGCUCUUUGUGUGGGCUAAGCAAGGAUUGUAUAUUCUGAGAUGAGUUCCGUGUAUUGUUUUUAGUGCUGAGAACUCUAUUGGUUUGAAACUAAAGUUGUUUUCUUUUUCCAUUGAAAUUGCUUUGAAUUUUGAAAUGGAUUGUUGGUUUUGGAAUUUUCUUUUGUUUUACUGAAUAAUUGACGUACCAGUACUCAGCUGUUGUUUGUUGGAAGUGAUGUAAAUCUAAAGAACUUCAAUUUAACCCUUCCAGCCCCAGCCAUUUUUGUGCACUCCCUAACCCCAGUCCCAGCCAAUGCAGCAGUAUUUCAGAAAAAGAGGCAUUCAUUCUAAAAUGUGAUGUAGUAUCUUUGUAAUGUAGCUUUGAUAAUAACAUAUACCAGUUUUUAAAGGUAAAUGAACAAGUAAUAAGAAAAUUAAAGUUUAAUUAAGUUCGCUAAUUUAGAAAAAUGCACGAAUUUGGUACCCCCCGAAACUGAGAAUAUACGCUCUUGGGACGGAGGGAGGUACAAGCGCUGCUGAAAAUAUACGCGCUUGGGGCUGGAAGGGUUAAAAAAUAAAAACCCAAUGGUUCUGUAGAAGAAUUCAGGAUUUGAUACUAAGGUGUAACAUCCUUUGGUAGACGCAUUUCCCAUCACUGUCGGGGUGUAAUACAAGCUGUACUCAUCCUAGAAUGUCACGACUUUUGCUCCCUACGAUAAAUAUGAGCUGACCUGUCCCCUAUAAUGCUUGACUGGCGGUAAGAAUUGACACCGAAGGGAUAUAAUAACCCAGAUGGCUGCUGGAUCGGAAAAGUAGAGUAGAAAGCAAGUGAAGUGGUUACAGAACUGACCAGAUCACCCCCCCCCCCCAAGUCGAAUGCUGCUGCACAGUUUGACUCUUGACCGGUCAAGUGGUUCUGGUCCCUCCUGUGUUUCUCCUCCUGUUCAGCUGAGAGGUAUUAUUUGCUUCACUAAAGCUUCCUUAUUUUGUUGGUUAUUCUACUACAACAACACUGCCGUAAGCUGACAAAAUGCCUUUUUCUGCUUCUAAGCAGUUUCAACGAGAAGAAAGAGUUUUAUUGUCAGUGUAGCCGUUUUAAAAUACUGUGAUUCCGAAAUAUGAAUUUCUAAUUUAUUGAAAAACUAGUCAGUUUCACUUUAAUUUGUUCCCACAAGUAGUAGUAGUAGGGUAACUGAUCAGGCUUUCAGUUUAGCAAAUAAACAAUUUUUGGCGCCAAAAUGUAAGAAGGCGUUUUGUUAGCUUACGACAGAUCAUUGUUUCAACGUGUUGUCAUUUGUAUGCUUUUGUUUUUAAAGUAUGCAAUGGUUUUUUGUUUUUUUUUGGUGUUUUUUUUGUCAUCAAGUUUGUGCCACAAAUGACGAUAGGUAUAGAGAGAUGCUAUGAGUUCUUGUGUCUGUUUGUUGUUGGGUGAAGCACUGACUGUUGUCUUAAACUUGUUCUUUUCUUUCGAUCUGGUGUUGAGUUCUGAAGAACAGUGGUUUGAAAGCUUGUCUAACUGAAUUUUUUUGUGAGUAUGAAUAGUCUUAAAAUGCAGUUUUCUUUUCUCACAAUGACGAUAUUAUUGUACGAGGGAAAUUUUCAUCAGAACCAAUAAGUUUUUUCGUGUCAUCAUCUCAGUUUGCUAAUUAAUGUCUUGGGUUUUUAAUUAAUGAAGAGACAUAAAGAGUUGUGUGUGUGUCAAGACUCAUUUUUUCGUUUGGAAGUGGAAGAGAAUUUGUUUUAAAAUAACUUGUUGCGUUUUUUUUCUUCUGUCUUUCGUGUGUUCUGAAUUUGCAUAUUGUUCAAGAGCAAUGGGAGGAAUGCGCAUAUAAUAAGAAAAUAUUUUAGGUGGUGGAGAGUCUUGCUCUAUGUUCCUUUCCUGUGACAGUUCCUCCGCUGAAGGUUUUUGCUGAGGUACUUCUCAGUGGCAGGGUAGGCGAACUAUUUAAGGUUUUUUUUUUCCUUUUUAAUACCUGAUCAUGGGACGCAGAGCCAUGGGAAAUAUGUUUGCUGUGUGGUGAUUGAACAUUUUAUCCAGUCAUUGAAAAGGUUCCCAAGUUGAGAGGCCAUCAAAAGACUUUUGUCUUGAUUUUUAUUCAGUUUGGCUGACUGCUAGUCGUUCCAUGUGCUAUCAUGGUUUUCUCUUUCCACCCCCCCCCCCACCCCCCACACCUCUUCUUACCUCUUCAAAACCAAGCAGUUGUCUUGAGUGCUUUAUUUUAAUUUUAUUGCCGUUGACUUGAUCUACUUCCUGAGUUGUCCUCCUGUGACGUGGGUUGUUUUUUUUCUUCUGAUACUUUGGGUUUUUUUGUCACUGUUUAUCUCUUGUUUCUUUUGUUUUUUUUUGGUUUUUUUGUGGGAUGAAAGUGGCAGUGUUGAAUGUAGUUUUUUGUACAGGGUUCUACUGCCUCGACUGACUGGGACAAAUGUGUGACUUGCGUCUUGUGUGACCGGUGUUUGUGAAAGGAAACACAACUAUGAGCACAUCUUCAAAGCCUGACCCUGCGUUAGUUUGUAUAGCAAUUUCUGUCGUAUUGUGAUGACGUACUGAAAUACUGUGCACAGAGCAAUGGGAAGUGUAUUCGUAAAGAGAAUAAGGGUUUCUUUAAAGUCACAGUUAAUUUUUAUUUGCUGUUAACAGCAUUUAGGACUACUGUGAAACAUUGAAAAAUAUUGGAGAUGGAGAAUAAGCAGAGAAACACUUCUCUUAAGAGAUGAGUUACUGAUGUGCCUUCCAGCUGGCAGAUGAUAUUUAUAGUCAGGUACUUCUGGAACUGGGAAAGAAACCAUGAAUUUAGGUAAUGUAGUUCUUUUGCGGAAGGCAUUUCUUUUAGGGGGGGGGGGGAGAUCUGUAGAAGUUACGCAUGGUAUGUUUUGAAGGUGUGCCCAAAAGCAUCAAUGUCUUCUUGUGUUGUUUGAUGUGUUACCACCUCACUCAUUGAGCAGACUAUCGUUUGAUUUUGCUAUUUUUUUGUUUGUUUCUAACAUGCACUGGCUGUGAAAACCUUUUCUUCAAAUGCCGUAAAGUUUGUGCUAUUGAGCGCACCUGUAUAACUUAGCCACACACACUAAAUUUUUAAAAAAUCUGAAUUUUUUCUCAUGUAAGCCAUGGUGGUUUAUAAGCUGCCGCAGAUAAUACAACACGGAUAUGUCUCGAAAA